UUCAAAUACUUAAAGUAGUUGAGCUGCUUAUCAAUCUCAUUUUCCUCUUUUACUAAUGCUUUUCUCCUUCUAAUUGAAGUUAAGAACUAUAGUUUUUCCAAUAUUUUGGUUUAGGCUUCUUGUUUAAAUCUUUUGUAGAUAAGUAUGUAGUUAGACCAACAAAAACUUUGAAAAUUUUCUCUUCUAGGAAGUGACCAAUCUAAGCUAGAAGCUUCACCCUCUUCCUUUUUCAUACUUGAAAAUUUUAUGGGGCUAUAAUGUGCCUGUGUUCAAUGAAUGAUCACUUAGCAAUGGCAUCAGUGACGACAAAGGGUGCAUCUGGAUUAUAUUUUCCAGGGAAUUUGUACCAGGUAGAGAAAAGGAAUAAAAUGACAAUAUUGGCCAUGGCCAGGGCAGGAUCUUCUUGUUCUUGGCGCAUGAUCACCCCGAAAAAACGAAGCUUUUACGCAAUAGCAAGCGCCGGUAAUCCACCAAGCUUGGACAUGAAAAAUGGGAAGAAGGUGAAUGGGAUUCAUGUAAAGGAGACUCCGUCUCCGUAUAUAGGCAAUACAAAUCCCAGUGGGUUGGCAAUCGAUAGCAAUGUUGGUGAACCUCACACAUAUUUGCUUGGGAGGUUUGUGGAGGAAAGGUUUGUUUAUAGGCAGACAUUCAGUAUCAGGUCUUAUGAGAUUGGACCUGACAAAACUGCCACCAUGGAAACAUUGAUGAAUCUCCUUCAGGAAACUGCUCUAAACCAUGUGACAAGCUCUGGACUAGCUGGAAACGGCUUUGGUGCCACCCGAGAGAUGAGCCUGAGGAAGCUUAUUUGGGUAGUCACUCGCAUUCACGUUCAAGUACAGCGAUACAGCUGCUGGGGAGACGUUGUUGAGAUUGAUACUUGGGUUGAUGCAACAGGGAAGAAUGGUAUGCGCAGGGACUGGAUAAUUCGAGACUACAACACCCAAGAGAUUAUAACAAAAGCAACAAGCACAUGGGUGAUCAUGAAUAGAGAAACAAGAAAGCUAUCCAAAAUCCCAGGAGAAGUCAGGGAAGAAUUGCAACCAUUCUACAUAAACAGGCUUGCAAUUCCCGCUGAACACAACGAUGUUGAAAAAAUUGAUAAGCUCACUGAUGGAACAGCAGGCAGAAUUCAAUCCGGUUUAGCUCCAAGAUGGAGUGACAUGGAUGCCAAUCAACAUGUAAACAAUGUCAAAUACAUUGGAUGGAUUUUGGAGAGCGUGCCAAUGCAUGUCCUGGAACAUUACAACCUGACAAGCAUGACCCUUGAGUAUCGACGAGAGUGUCGGCAAUCAAACCUGCUCGAAUCUUUAACAAGCACGAGCGAAGAUUCAAACAGCAAUUCCAGUAAUCGCAAAGCAGACAUGGAACACACACAUCUGCUGCGUAUGCAAGCUGACAAGGCAGAGAUAGUUCGUGCAAGAACAGAAUGGAAAUCUAAACUAAAGCACGAGUGAUGCGAUUUCAUAUAUUUUCAACCACAGCUCAUGCUCUAUUUUGCUUUUUUGUUUUUCUAUUUAUUUUGCUUCCUUCUUUUGUAUAUUAACCGUUGUUGCUUUAAAUGUUGUUACAAGCACAUGUUAUUGAUUGUGCAAUCAUUUCCUGGUUUAUAUGCAGAGCAUAAACUAUAGAGUAUCAUCAAGCAAACUUUCAUGUAUCGAGACUAUAUUUAUCUUUUCAGUCUAAGAUGGUCUAUUCAUUUCAA